GAGAUGAGACAGGGAGGAGGGCAGAUCUGAGACUAGGAGGGGAAUCAUUCAGAUUGAGAGGAGGGGUUGAAGCAGAACGAGUCUCCGGCAAACAAAGAGCCUGAGCUCCGGUGCUGAGAUUGAUAACCGCAUCCGUGCGUGUUACUUCCCUAGGUAGAAAGCAACUGUGCCGGUUGAGGAUGACCACGGGACCCCCGGGGAAUAGCCGGCUUUGGAGCUGGACCCAUUCAGCAUAGGGUGCAUGGUUAUGGACCGGCGGAGGGUAGUGUGACCCAGCCGAGACCCCACACUUAGCUUCAGGUGCCCCUAUGGCUGGCAGGCCGCACGUGUGAACCAGGGCUGUUGCUUGCUCAGGAACAUAUAGACCAUGGCCACUGCCAUCAGCUAUACCCCACCAUGGUGGGUCAACCUGCUGCACAGACUCCCCCACCUAAACCUGCAAUGGGAGACCCUGAGUGGCGACUUUCACCCCGAGGACACCGACUACCAGCAGUCGCUGAUGCUCCUGGCCUGUGUCGCGCUCUCCUGCCUUGCUCUCGAUCUCCUGUUUCUCCUUUUCUAUUCCUUCUGGUUCUGCUGUCGUCAUCGAAAAACUGAAGAAAACACAAAUGCAGAUUGCUGCUGUACUGCUUGGUGCGUCAUCAUUGCGACUCUUGUCUGCAGUGCUGGCAUCGCAGUUGGUUUCUAUGGCAACGGUGAGACCAGUGAUGGCAUCCACAGAGUGACAUAUUCACUGAGACAUGUGAACCGCACCAUGGAAGGAAUCCAAGAAAGGGUCUCUGAUACUACGAUUGGUUUGAACCAAACUGUGGAGCCAAAUUUACAAGAUCUGGAAAUAAUGUUUACAAAACACGCUGAUUACCUUCAUACUGUCCAGAAACUUCAAGGACUUCUAUAUACUCUAGUGCAACAUACCUCUGAGAUACCAUUCUGGAAAAAUUCAAUCUCCCUGGAUGAUGUUGCAGGACGUGUCGAUCUGUACGAUUGGUACAGGUGGUUGGGGUAUCUUGGUCUUCUUCUUUUCCAUGUCCUUAUCUGCUUAUUGGUGCUCUUUGGUCUUAUACGGAAUUCCAAAGCCAUUUUGAUUGGGGUGUGUUUUCUUGGCGUUCUUGCUUUGAUAAUAAGCUGGGCUUCCAUGGGUCUGGAGCUUGCAGUGGCUGUGGGCGCUGAUGAUAAUUGCUCUGACCCUGCAGUAUAUAUUACAAAAUUAGUGCAAGGAUACAGUUUGUUAUUGGGUGACAUUUUAAACUAUUACCUUCUCUGUAACACUGGAUCCACCAACCCAUUCCAGCAGAUGCUGUCAGGUGGUCACAAAGCUUUAGUAGAAAUGCAAGAUGAUGUUUUGGACCUCAUGCGAUCAGCAUCUAAAGACUACCCCAACUCUAAGGAUUAUCUUAUUCGCAUCCAAAAGGUUCUUAAUUCCACAGAGAUAAACCUCCAGCAUUUGACGGCCCUGGUGGAUUGUCGGGGUUUACAUUUGGACUAUGUGCAGGUUCUCACUGGUUUCUGCUAUGACGGAGUGGAAGGGCUCAUAUACCUGGUUCUCUUCUCCUUUGUCACUGCUCUGAUGUUCAGCUCCAUAGUUUGCAGCGUACCUCACACCUGGCAGCAGCGGAGAGCCAAUUAUGAAGAUGGAGAUGAAGAAACCACUACACCAGGAGCGCGUCAGACUCAUGAUAACUUGUACCGAGUGCACAUGCCAAGCUUAUACAGCUGUGGCAGCAGCUAUGGCAGCGAGACCAGCAUCCCUGCAGCGGCACAUACCGUCAGUAAUGCUCCAGUAACCGAGUACAUGAGUCAGAAUGCAAAUUUCCAAACCCCCCGUUGCGAGAACACUCCUUUGAUUGGACGCGAGUCACCUCCUCCUUCUCUGAAGAAUACCUGUUCACAGAGCACUUACACUGGUGAGAUCAGACAUUUUGAGUAUACCUCCAGCAUGAGAGCAAAAUAUCUUGCCACUAAUCACCCAGAAGCUGAUACUGUGCACUAAUUAAUUGGAAUAUCCAGACAAAAAAAAUACCCUUGAUGCUGAUCACAUGCUAUGGAUUGAUCAGUGUAUCUUUAUCAAGCAUGGAUUCCCCAAACUUUCCACAUUGAUUUUGGUUCCUCACCAGUAGUUAUGUUGGUAUAUACUAAACAAAAUAAUCAAGUAAUCAAAAGCUCAAAUUUUGAUCCCCAACAUUUUACGGCUUUACAGUGCGUUGAUUUCUUUUUUAUUUUUUAAAUAUCAGAACCUUUUUGAUUUUACAAAAAUUGUAUAAAAUCUCUUAGCUGAUUUUUGGGAGGCAUUAAAAAAACGUACUUGUUUUUAUACAAAAGCUGUUUGCGUUAAACAAAUAUGUUGCUGAAAAUAAUUACGUCAGAUUUUUUUUUUUAACUAUAUGUGAAAUGUCCUUAAUGUGCAGUUAUUGUUUUAUAAAGAAGUUCAAUCAGA